CGUCGGCUGUGGUGCGGCAGCAGCAGCAGCAACAGCAGCAGCAGCGAAGAAAAACCCAACCCACCCGACAAAGAAAAAGCAGAUUUCCGCUGGAAAUCUCGUAGCCUGUCUUCGGGCGGAGAGCUGGUGUCGCAGUGCUGAAUGCUGUGUCCGCAGUGCACGCGGUGAAUCCGGAUCGAAUUAGUUCACAUUCUACAGAGGCGCUACGGCUGCCCAGAGAGUGACUGACGAAAAUGAAUGUUUCUGCCUUGGGGGCCCUGCCGGGCUCGAACCCCGGUGAGGACUGCAACAUUCGAGUUGUGUGUAGAGUACGGCCUUUGAACGACAUCGAGAAGGGCAAGGAAUCCAAGUUCGUCGUCAAGUUUCACGAUGACAACGAGGGACAGAUCAGCCUCAACAACCGAACGUACCAGUUCGACAAGAUCUUCAAACCGUCGGCGUCGCAGGAAUUCGUCUACAAUGGUGCAGCCAAAGAAAUCGUGAACUACGUGCUCAAUGGCUUCAACGGAACCAUCUUCGCCUACGGAAUGACGUCAUCAGGAAAGACCCACACGAUGGAAGGCGUCCUGCAAGAACCCGAUCUUCAGGGAAUCAUACCCAGAAUUGUUCAGGACAUCUUCAACCACAUUUAUUUGAUGGACAAGGAUGCGGUCAUUACCAUCUCUGUGUCUUAUUACGAAAUCCAUCUAGACAAAAUUCGUGAUCUGCUCGACAGUUCCAAAACGAAUCUCAGCGUGCACGAGGAUAGCAACAAAGUGCCUUACGUCAAGGGAGCCAGCGAGCGUUUCGUUGCAACCGCUGAAGAGCUUCUCAUCACAAUCGAAGAAGGAAAAUCUAUCAGAGCGAUUGCAGGAACGAAUAUGAACGAACACUCAUCGCGAUCACAUGCCAUCUUCCAAAUUAAUAUAAAACAGGAGUUCGAGGAUGAGAGGAAGCUCUCUGGAAGACUGUACCUCGUUGAUUUGGCUGGUUCGGAGAAAGUCUCGAAGACCGGAGCUUCGGGAACUACGCUGGAUGAGGCCAAAAAUAUUAAUAAAUCCCUGCACGUACUCGGUCAAGUAAUUUCGGCUCUAGCCGACGGGAAACCUUUCGUCCCCUAUCGAGACUCGAAGUUGACCCGAGUUUUACAGCAGUCUCUUGGAGGCAAUUCUCGUACAACGAUCAUCAUUUGCAUUUCGCCCGCGUCGUUCAAUGAAGAAGAAUCUCGGUCAACCCUCGACUUCGGUCGACGGGCAAAGACCAUCAAGAACGUUGUGGUUGUGAACGAAGAACUCACAGCCGAGGAGUGGAAGCGACGGUACAUGCGAGAGAAGGAAACAUCGACGAAGCUCGCAGCGCAACUUGCGCAAGUACAGGCUGAACUGCAGAAAUGGCGGAAUGGCGAAAGCGUCAACAAGGACGACCAGGUCAGCAUCGAGAUGGCUGCUUCAACGACCAACAUCAUCGAGCAGACCAAGGCGAUGGUUGCCGCUAAGAAUCCCCUGGCGACGGAUGAAAGAGCCGAACUGUACCGUCAAUUGGAUGAGAAGGACGACGAAAUCGCUCAGACGUGUGUGCUGAUCGAGAAACUCAGAGAACAACUCAACGAGCAGGAAGAGAGCGUCAAUAGCAUCCGAAGGGAGAAGGAACAGGUUCAACAAGACAUGAACGAACUCCAAGGGCAGUUCCUGCGCGCGAGAGAAGAAGUCGAAGAUGUGCUCAAAGCGCUCGAAGAAUUGGCCGUGAACUACGACCAGAAGAGCGAGGAAGCCGCCUCGCAAACCAAGCAGCUCGAUCAACUGAACGAGGAACUCAAUACCAAGAGCCAGCAAGUGACGACGUUCCAGAACGAGUUGCAGCAGCUGAAGGAUUUCUCAAACCAUCAGAAACGCAAAAUCGACGAAGCUCUCGGAGGUCUUCUGAGAGACCUCGGGGAAAUCGGGGUUGUGAUGCGCGUUGGCGAGCUCAAGGUUCCGGCUUUAGAGAGUGGUAAAGGAAUCGAGGACGAGUUCACGAUGGCUCGGUUGUACGUGACCAAGAUGAAAUCAGAGAUCUCCGCGAUGUCUCAACGUUGCAAGGAACUUGAAGACAGUCAAGGGGAUACGAACAAACGAAUGGAGGACAAUGACAAAGCUUUGCAGGACGCAAAACUUCUCAUUCAACAGCACGAGGCCAAGCUCAAGAGUCAGCAGGAUCACGUCAAGGAAUUGGAUAGUAAAAAGAGAGAACUAGAAGAGAAAAUCGACGGCUUGACAGCGGAAGUGUCCAAAUUGAAGGCAGCCGAAGAGAUGAACUCCAAGGAGAAAGCCAAGGGGAGCUCGGAUGAAAUCAAGGCCGCCCUUGAGGAACAAAUUGAGAAGCACCGAGAAUCCUACCAGAAGCAAAUCGCUGCAUUGCGUGAUGAGGUCAGUCAACAUCUGAUAACCAUCGGUAACACUUCCGACGAACUGCAAAAACUCAAGUUGGAGCACGAGGCGCUCAAGGAGCAACACCAGAAGCUCGUCGAAGAGGAACAAGCCAAGGCUAAGCAGCUGCAAGAACUCCAAUUCUCCUUCAGGUCGUUGAAUGCUCGCCGGGAGCAGGCCCGUCAAGACCUCAAGGGUCUCGAAGAGACGGUGUCGAAAGAACUUCAAACCCUGCACAACCUCAGGAAGCUAUUUGUACAGGAUCUUCAGAGUCGCGUGAAGAAGUCGAAUGUGAUUGAGGCUUCCGACGGUGAAGCAGAUGCUGGAGGAUCUCCCGCGCAGAAGCAGAAAAUUGCUUUCCUCGAAAACAACCUCGAUCAGUUGACGAAAGUUCACAAGCAGUUGGUGAGAGACAACGCAGAUCUCCGGUGUGAGCUCCCUAAAUUGGAGAAACGUCUCCGGGCGACCAUGGAGCGGGUCAAAGCACUGGAAAGCGCCUUGAAAGAAGCCAAGGAAUCAGCUAUGCGGGACCGGAAGCGGUAUCAGACCGAGGUGGACCGUAUAAAGGAGGCCGUUCGACAGAAGAAUAUGGCACGCAGAGGACAUGUGGCGCUCAUCGCGAAACCUAUCCGUGCUGGACCAGGGUCUGGACAACCGAGCAUCACUAUCCGAGCGGGUGAAGGAGCUUCAUAGGGACCCAUAGAUGGUGGUUGAGGGUGUCGAGCGUAGGUAGAGUAGCACAAAAAUCAACCGAAGCAAGCGAAGGUGAAAUGGACUCAAAGCACGGACGGGGAGCACUGACUGUUGGAAAUCAGUCAUGCACCAACAGAAAAAACGCAUUCAACCUCUAAGCAGGUUGGCGGAGACAACGAUGACGACAAUACAGCACCGAGUCACUUUUUAGAUUUGACGUAACGGGGCGACACGUUCAACAUCUAAUGAAUGUCGGAACCAUUCUCAAAAUAUAUAUUCACACAAAGGACCCGGGCUGCCAGGGGAGCGGAGAUCAUAGUGUCGUUCUCUCAAGAUGCGAGGUUCGACCCCUUGUUUGCGGGCCCGAUUCAGAUUUCUUUGAGUACAACGGUGUUAUUUAUAUUUUCGGAAGGACGCGACGAGCGGCCCCGAGUGGUCUGAAUGUAAUAUACAAACAGUGACGUUGAAUUCCGUCUUGGUGAGCGCGAACGAAUUCAGUGAAACUCCAACCAAACUGUGGCCUUAUACAGACCGAGGAGAACCUGAUGCGUCCGAGCAGGUAAUCACUAUCAAACGUUGUUGAAUCGAUUCAUUUCUAUUUAGGCGAGAGAGAUUUGUAUUUUUUUCCUCUUGAACGUAUUGUUUCUGAUUCGCCGCGUCCCUUUGAACGCGCUGACCCCCUGCUAGUGGACGCAGCCGGUUCUUCUGUCGCAAGUCGCGCUAUUGACUUUGCUAGAAAAACAAAUAAAAAAAAUCAAAUUAAUAUACAAACGAAACCACUCCUCCGCCGCGUGGUCCCGCUCUCGUGGCUUCUCGCUCGGGAGGGGGCCUGUGUGCCGUCAGAAGGAGGACUACUCGGUAGUGAGCCAGAAGUAUCUUGUCGACCUUCAAUGCGCUUCGUCAGCGCGGGAUGAGAGUCGACAAUGAGCGAGGUGCUCGGAAGACGACCGG